CGGGGGUUUAGCGUUGGCGCCAGAAUAGGAAGCUGGUGCACAUGUUAAAGAAGCGGCGGACGUUGGUCGUGUCCAAACACUGGAAAAAGAUUUUGAGGCUGUCUUGUAGAUGUUUGGAACUUGAGACGUUUUUUUUGCGCUGUCAUAGCAUCUGUGAUAUCUCUACUGCACACCACCCCCACGGCCCCCAUUACAUCACCAAGAAAUCCGGGGGAGCUCCAGCCUUCAAGGGUGCUCCAAAAGAAAGCGGCAAGGAUACACCAAGUACCCCGCAUUCACGGUCGAGCGCGCCCCGGCCACUUCCCUGCAAGGGCAAACCUCUCCACAUCCCUCGGCUGGCGUGGGAUAAAGGACCAGAGGAGGUCAGCUUCUCUCAUAUGAGGCUCUGAGGAACUCGGAAUUAGGAGACAUUUUCAGAUCAUCCAUACUCGACUUUGGAUACCAUCAGACAUGGCUUUGAACUUUAGAAAGGCUCCCCGCGCAUUGGGCGCUCUGCGUCCUCUUGCUGCCACUCCAGUUAGAUAUGCCCCAAUUACACGACGAACAUACUCUACCGCCGAACCCGACCUCAAGACAACGCUCAAGGAGGUGAUCCCUGCCAAGCGCGAGCUGUUCAAGAAGGUCAAGGCCCACGGCUCCAAGGUCAUUGGCGAGGUCAAGGUUGAGAACACAAUUGGUGGUAUGCGCGGCCUCAAGGCCAUGGUAUGGGAGGGUUCCGUGCUCGAUGCCAACGAGGGUAUUCGCUUCCACGGCCGCACCAUCAAGGACUGCCAAAAGGAGCUGCCCAAGGGCAAGACCGGCACCGAGAUGCUUCCGGAGGCCAUGUUCUGGCUUUUGCUUACUGGCAAAGUGCCCUCUGUCAAGCAGACCCGCCAGUUCUCGCGUGAGCUCGCCGAGCAAGGUCAGCUCCCAGACUUUGUCACCAAGUUGCUUGACAACUUCCCCAAGGACCUCCACCCAAUGACCCAAUUUGCCAUUGCUGUUUCCGCCUUGAACUACACAUCCAAGUUUGCCAAGGCGUACGAGGAGGGCCUCAACAAGGCCGAUUACUGGGAGCCUACCUUUGACGACUGCAUCUCUCUUCUCGCCAAAUUGCCCACUAUCGCGGCCAAGAUCUACCAAAACUCCUACAAGGGUGGCGGUGCUCUUCCCGCCGAGAUCGACCUCGAGCAAGAUUGGUCCUACAACUUCGCCGCCAUGCUCGGCAAGGGCGGCAAGGAGAACGAGAACUUCCAAGACCUCCUCCGUCUCUACCUCGCCCUCCACGGUGACCACGAAGGCGGCAACGUCUCGGCCCAUACCACCCACCUGGUUGGUAGCGCACUGAGCGACCCCUUCCUCAGCUACAGCGCCGGUCUCCAGGGUCUCGCCGGCCCCCUCCACGGCCUCGCCGCCCAGGAAGUCCUCCGCUGGAUCAUCCAGAUGAAGGAGGCCAUCCCCGCUAACUACACCGAAGACGACAUCCACGACUACCUCUGGUCCACCCUCAACAGCGGCCGUGUCGUGCCCGGUUACGGCCACGCCGUGCUCCGUAAGCCGGACCCACGCUUCGAGGCCCUAAUGGACUACGCUGCUGCCCGCCCCGAGAUCGCCGCCGACCCAGUCUUCCAGCUUGUGGAGAAGAACAGCCGUAUUGCGCCUGAGGUGCUGAAGAAGCAUGGAAAGACCAAGAACCCCUACCCCAAUGUGGACUCUAGCUCUGGUGUGCUGUUCCACCACUACGGCUUCCACGAGACGCUGUACUAUACCGCCACUUUUGGCGUCAGCAGAGGAUUGGGCCCGUUGGCGCAGCUGAUCUGGGAUCGGGCGUUGGGUCUGCCCAUUGAGAGGCCUAAGAGCAUCAAUUUGGAGGGGUUGUUGAAGCAAGUUGAGGGGCAGUAGAUGGAGAACAGGUAUGAGGAUAUGAUGUGAUGAUGCAGAGGAGAACGGGAUCUGUAAUUUUUGUGAAAAGAUAUUAGUGCCUGUAGCAUGCUUGUAGCGUUUGGCUUGUGAUGGGGAGGAAAGUAAAGCGUUUGAGCAAGCAUGGUGUUGUUGGGAUUAGUGUACACUUUUUGUGUUUGUGUGUUAUGAGAAGGAGUGUAGAACUUGCUUGGAGAAUAGACUAUUCCAUGUUGUUGGUUUCA